AUUAUGUUCGUGCCGUUUUUUUAUUUUAAGACAAACGGUUAAUCACGAAAAGAGCCCAUUAUAACGACGGUGGUAAAUAUGCUCUUUUUUGUAAUGCGGUACUCGUUAUGAUUAGAGGACAACGCGUAGAAAACAGAACAGUCCGCUAGCGACAUUUACAGCAGCCAUCGUCACCAAAUCCGAGUAAAUCAUGUCACGCCACUAAAAGAAUUCGCUUUUUGUUAACUGAAACCUUUCUAGUAAGAAAGCCUCAUUUAUGUGAAGUCAGGAGCACUCAUUAAACGCUCUAAUCUACUGGGCCAGCGAGAGAGAGAAAGAGAAAGAGAGCUCGCGGAAGAUUGCAUUUAGUAAAACAUACGAUUACGAAAAGAAAGUACAAUGAAAGAAAAAUAAGCAACCCGCCUACAUAUAAUUCAUCGCAUGUAUAUUCGUGUUUCUUUAACUGUUUAUAUAAUUAAAUCGUGCACAGGCGGCUUUUCCAAAAUUUGCAUUCUUAAUCAAAAUUGUUAAUUAUAUACGCAUUAUCAAGAGUAAAAACUGGCGCGACUGUUUACUGCAGCUCUCCGACAUUAAACGUUGUUAAGGAUCACACUGUAGUUAAGGAGUACAUAAGAAACAAAAUAUUUAUGCAUCCCUCCCUUCCUCACACACCUCCUCCAAGAGAACAAAAUAGAAGACUUCACAAAAAAGGAACGUCACAUCCCCUUGACCCUCCAAUCACCUCGGGGUCCCAUUUGAUUGGAAGGCGGCAAAGGCUUUAAUCUCGGACUAAUUCAGCUGCUUUUGAAGUGAGUUUUUCUGCCAGAUCUUGGGUUGGGAGGAGUACUGUAAGGAUCUGCUGGAAGGCGCGCAGCGAAAGCAGCCAAUGUUGCAGACACAGCUUGAAACCUGCGAGAGCCUCGCUUCCGUCUGCUGGCUGCACCCUUCUGCUUGAGGAUUACACCCGUUCCAUUUACCGAGGACUGUUUAUCCUAUUGUCUUUUCUCCUCCCAUCUUUGCUUGUUUGUUUUUUAAUGAUGAAAAUCGUAUGCCUAUCCAUCUGAUCAAUGCAUUUUUAACAUUUUGUUGAGAAUUGGGUCAUGAUCACAUCGCCCUCGGUGUCUGCUCUUAGAAAUUGUAACUCCAGUCCAGCCUCGGAAAGCAGCGGUUCAGGGAAGUGCGCCUCCAACAGUAUCAACAAACCCUUUCUCCACUCAGUCCCUCCUUCGGAUCCGCACAGACAAGCUAAUCGUCUUCCUAUCAAGAUUUUGAAAAUGCUGACCGCACGAACGGGACACAUUUUGCACCCCGAAUAUCUACAGCCUCUACCAUCGACUCCGAUCAGUCCUAUUGAGUUGGAUGCCAAGAAAAGUCCGCUGGCCCUCUUGGCUCAAACAUGCUCACAAAUCGGUAAACCAGAUCCUCCACCGUCAUCCAAACUCUCGUCGGUAACGUCUAAUGGAUCUAGUGACAAAGACGCCAAGUCCGGCCCUUUGAAACUGAGCGACAUCGGAGUGGAAGACAAAUCGAGUUUCAAACCCUACUCCAAGCCCUCUGAGAAGAAGGACUCGGCCUCCGGUGUUUCGGGCGGAGAGAAAUCUGGUUUUCGUGUGCCUAGCGCCACCUGCCAGCCGUUUACGCCAAGGACAGGCAGCCCGAAUUCCAGCUCUUCUGCGUCCCCCCUGCCUUCCGAGGGCAAACCGGGAGACGGACAGGAAAAAAAAGACUCGGAUUCAAACAAAAACAGCUCAACGGAAGGGUCGGGGACCACCAGCAUUAGUCAUAGCAGAAUAAGCGUGAGUUGUGCUGGAAUAAACGUGGAAGUGAACCAACAUCAGGAAACUACUUCAGGAUCAAAGCCCGCUACAUCAGACUCUUCAGCCGUGUCUUCGGCCUCCUCUGUGUCGGUACUAGGCUCUGGUCUCGUAGCUCCGGUUUCCCCGUAUAAGCCAGGACAGACAGUGUUUCCUCUUCCGCCGGCUGGCAUGUCAUACCCUGGGACACUGGCUGGGGCCUACGCCGGUUAUCCUCCUCAGUUUCUGCCACAUGGAGUGACUUUAGACCCAACUAAGUCUAAUAGCCUAGUCAAUGCACAGCUGGCGGCGGCUAGUUCACUCGGCUGCAGCAAGGCCGGAUCCAGCCCGUUAGCGGGGGCCUCUCCGCCUUCAAUCAUGUCCGCUAGUCUUUGCAGAGACCCUUACUGUUUGAGCUACCACUGUGCGAGCCACCUGGCCGGGGCCGCCAGUGCAUCGUGUACGCACGAGUCUGCUGCUGCGGCUGCUCUCAAAUCUGGAUACCCUCUCGUGUACCCGGCGCACCCACUGCACACUGUGCACACUUCGCCCCCUUCCUUUGCAGGACAUCCUUUGUACCCAUAUGGCUUCAUGCUGCCCAAUGACCCCUUGCCGCACGUCUGCAAUUGGGUGUCGGCAAACGGACCUUGCGAUAAGCGUUUUUCUUCAUCGGAAGAACUCCUGAACCACUUGCGGACCCACACCGCAUUCACGGGAACAGACAAACUAAUGGCAGGCUACCCCAGCUCCUCGUCCCUGGCCAGUGCCGCUGCAGCUGCCAUGGCUUGCCACAUGCAUAUGCCUCCGACGGGAGCUCCUGGGAGUCCCAGCACAUUGGCACUCAGGAGUCCUCACCAUGCUUUGGGGCUCACUAGUCGCUAUCACCCAUAUUCAAAGAGCCCUUUGCCAACUCCGGGCGCUCCAGUGCCAGUGCCUGCAGCCACGGGACCCUAUUACUCUCCUUAUGCACUGUAUGGACAAAGACUGACCACAGCAUCAGCUCUGGGAUAUCAGUAAAAAGAAAAAAAGUGGGUGGGAAAGACUAACUUAAAAUUUAUAUUAAAUACAAAUAUAAAAACUUUUAUAUUUACUGUCCACUUAAGGACUGGAUCCGUGGACACUGUAUUUAUUUAUGUUAGCUUCAAGCGGGACAAUAAACUCAAAAGUGCAUUACUUCUUAAACUGACUCGAUAGGUAAAGUGAAACAUCCAUGGUAGAAUAUUAAUGAAAUAGUUAUUUUUUUUCUUUUGAUGUUUAUUUGAAAUUGCUAUGAUUGUAUUGUACGUUCUUAUUUAAUGUCUCAUUGGAAGAAACGGAAAUUUACAUGCAUGUUUGUUACUAAAAAAUCCCAACUUGUCAGUAUAAUUUUAAAUUGCAAUUAUUUUUAAGGUGUAUACCAUGGAAAGAGAAUUGGUAUUUUUUGUAUGUAUUCUGGAAAAAUAAGAAACAAUUCUAUUCCAAAAAUCUUUCGUCUUUUUUUUUAAAUUGGUUUAUAAAGAAAAUGUGCCUCUCCUAAAGCCAAAAAAGUGGAUUGCUGUGUAUGCCAAUAUAUGAACAAGAUGUAUCCAUAUAAUGAACAUGUACUUGAAAAUAUUAACGUUAAAAAACAAUAUUCAGGAUUUUUCUCCACUUAUUCUGAUCUGUAUUUUUUUCCUUUGGGUGGUAGAAUUAAACGAGUCCGUGUUGCUAUC